CUUCUAACAGCACCAACAACCAACAAUCAACAACCAACAGUUCUACAACAGUUCCUCAUCCAAAGGAUCCUCCAGUUCAAUAUGCGCUACGCUCUGCUUUUCGUACUUCUUUGCGGCCUCAUGUUCGCCUUUACCUCGGCUGGGCUUCUCGGUGGAGGUGGCGGCGGUGGUGGCGGCGGUUAUGGCGGUGGUGGCGGUAAAGGCGGCGGCGGUGGCCAAGGAGGCGGUUAUGGCGGAGGCAAGGGACAAGGACAUGGACAAGGCGGUGGCUGGCAGAAGAAUGGAGGCGGCAACGGCGGUGGACAGGGAUGGCAAAAGAAUGGAGGCGGCGGCGGUGGUGGCGGUGGAUACGGUGGCGGCGGCGGCGGUGGCAAGUCCCUUGCCGGCAAUCGCGGCAGCUCCGUCUCCUGGCAAGGCGGUAACUCCGGCGGUGGCAAGCACGGCGGCGGUGGCGGUGGAGGCGGUGGCAAGCACGGCGGUGGUGGUGGCGGUGCAUACGGCGGUGGCGCCGGCGGUGGCAAGCACGGUGGUGGCGGCUGGUAAAUUCCAACAAAAUCCGCUAUCCCCAAAAA